AUGGAUCAAGUUGCGGGAGAACUACACGCCGCCUCACUAUCUCGCAUGCGACGUGCCAUGAAGUAUUUUGGAAUGUUACCAUUUUCGAAUCAUCUAAUACCAAAAUUACUCUGCAAUCUGUGGCUCAUAGUUUCCAUUGUGAUUUCCACGCAAUUUCGAUUCACCUUUGACUAUGAUUUCACCUAUGACUUUAUGAACGACACCUUUUCGCGCACCAUUGACUUGAGUGACUUUGUAGGCCUGUCAACGGCUCAAUUUAUUAUCGGAAUGGAACUUAUAUGGUGGAAUCACUACAAGGAAAUAGAUAGCCACCUCGAGGAGAUUCGUUAUAAAUUAAAAGCCCACCUGGGCCAAAAUGUUAACCUGCAACGGCUGCGUGGCUACUGCAAACCCAUUUAUGUGUCAUUGCUUAUUCGAUGUUUCCUUUUUGUGUCUGUGACCGUGUGGAACUCUAGAGCCCUUACAUACUACGCCCUCUACUCGGAGCUAGUCACCCUGAUGAGGUUUUCAGAGUUUACACUGUACUGUGCUGUGAUUUUGGCCAUGUACCAAGAACUUUUACUAGCUGGCAGGAAUCUUCUGGAGGAAUUACAGCAAACGCAGUACGAACCAUGGGCCGUCCGCCAUUUCACGAUAAAGAAGCUGGAAAGAAUGCAACAAAUCCAUGGACUACUUUGGCAAGCUAUUCGCAGGGUAGAGCACAACUUUAAGCUGAGCCUCAUCACCAUACUAGUGAAGUUCUUUGUGGAUACCUCUGCUUUGCCCUACUGGAUGUACCUGGGAAUAGUCCAGAACUCGGACAUAACAAUUCAAUUUUAUUGUGCCACUGAUGAAUGCAUAAAGCUCGUGGAAAUUAUGGUUCCCUGCUGGAUAUGUACUCGCUGUGAUGUGUUGCAACGCAGGUUUCGAUCCUUGUUUUAUACGGUUACCACAGAUCGCCGGAACCGCCAACUUAAUGCCGCUCUUAACCGGCUCUGUAUGCAGCUAGGGCAGGAAAAGUGCAGGUUCAGUGCCGCAGGCUUGGUGGAAAUUAGCACGGAAAUGCUGGGAAAGUUCAUUUUUGGAAUGGUGAGCUACAUUGUGAUUUGCAUCCAGUUUAGCAUGAACCUCAUGGCCAGCAAACUCAAGAAACAUGCAGAAAACUUUACGACGAUUGAACCCAAAUAAAUGGCACGUUGUUGGGCAGUCUAGUCGCGUGCUUAUUAAAUUAAAAUCAAUUACCAUAAUUAGUAAAUUUGAUGUCUGCCCGUGCAUAAUCAAAGAAGGACAACGAGGCCAAUCAGCGCAGCAGCAGAUGGCAAGGAGUCGUACUCACAUAAUUAUUCAUGCUUAAAAAUUCUAUUAUAAACUUUCGCCCACGGCCGUUGACCGUUUGCCCAGGACGAUGUAAAGGAGGGGUGUUGUUAUUUUAGGAGGUUAUGGAGAAAGUUGGGCCAGUGUUUUGGGUUUGUUUGCCACGCAUGGCCAAUCUGUCAGAUGUCUAAACGUGGGCAAGUGUGUGAGCAAAGAGUACACUGAGAAGUCUGCGGCUCCUUAAACUUAAAAAAUAUUUAUCAUAUGAUUCCUGAAAAGCACCGAAAAAAAUUUAAUAAAUUUAAAUUGAUGUGGGCAAGUGAGCAUGCAUAAUACUUGAACUUUCUUAGUAUGUCCGCACGAGUAAGCACUAAUUCUCU